AUGAGUACAUCCAGCUUUCAAAGACUUGGACAUGUUGAACUUUCGAACAAUGAGGCGACUAACUUUAAAGCCAGAGAACUUAAAUCCGUUCAUGUUGAUGCAAAAGGAACGUACUUUCAAAUAUUUCUUUACAAAAAUUAUGCAAAUAAUGAAAAUCAGUACAAUCAAAUUAGUGUUAUUGCUCUCAAUUUUAUUGGAGAACCAGAGGAUUUACAAUAUAAUAAUGUAAAAUUAAAUGAAUUUUCGGCUGAUAGUGUUAAAAACAUUUCUCCUUUGGAUGAUUUGGCAUUUGAUAUAUAUCAGGAUCCCCAGUUGAGCGAUAUUAUUCGACGAUUGGAGCAUCAAAAGCUAGAAUAUGCAAGUCAAGAAAAUUUCGAUAUGGCAAAGAAGACUCGCGACGCUAUUCGAUAUAUUCAAGACGCAAGUGAAAAGAUCUGCCGCCUUGAAUUUGAGAAACAGGAAGCUUCAAAAGUCGAGAAUUACGAGGAAGCAAAGGAGAAGAAGGAACAAAUCCAUCAAAUUCGUGAUGAAAUGGCUCGAAAUAUUGAUCUAGAUGCCUUACUCAAUGCAGGACCACGUCCUCAGCACUACACUAGACAUAUUGGGGUAAUUUUAAUCGUAUUAUUGGAAGGUUCUGGUUCAGGUUUUAAUUGGCUUAAUUCAUAUCUAGCCACCUCCACCAAAGUCAAUGACACUCAUUUGUUUGUCUGUUCUUUUCCUAUUCAGCAAGAUAACUUUCGCCAUUCAGUAGAAAGCCAAGGUGAAUUGGAACAGAAUUAUGAUCGCGAUGAACAGGAGGUCAGUUCAUUUAAUUCCUCGAGAAGUAGUGGAAGUGGUGUAUUUCAACCAAAUCAAUGGCAUAGCUCGGUGGACGAAAGACCGCUGCCAGCGCUGAUGAAGAAACAGUUGAAUAAUAGCACCCAUAGCAGUGGAAGUAGUAAUCAGGAGCCGCUGGUCACAGAAGAAAAAUGGUCUCUCAAAAAGGAUGGCGAUAAUGAUGAUCAGGAGUUACCUGAGGCUACACUGCAACAAGCUGGAAUUGCUAUUGAAAUUGUUGGCCUGCCCCUAGUUAAAAUGUUCUACAGUCGAUCAUGGAAACUUCGGGAACAAGCUUUGGCAGAUCUCGAGAAACGAAUCACAAAAGACCCCCUUCCUCCACCUGCUUCAAUGGCCGCCGUUUCCUCCGAACCAGAUCCCGUGGGAGAAUUACGCGCCACCACUUUCCUUCUCAAAAAGGCUCUUGGCGAGCAGGUUCUACCUGUCUACCGCAAGGCACUUGAGAUGAUCCAUCCCACAAUUGUUGAAUUCAGUGAGCGCCAUCGUAUCGCUAAAUCGGAAGUAUUAGCUUCCAUCGAUAAAAUCGUACGAAUUUUGCUUCAACGCACUGGUGAUUCCUCUCUUCGAGUCCGUGAUAUGGCCAAAGCUCAGCUGACAGAAAUGGGCAAAUGGGCAGUUAUUCGACAAGGAAGUGGAUUUUGGCAUGAAAUUCUGCGUCCAUUUCAACCGACCACUUUAGAAAGGCUGGUCGUGUGCCAGCUAGAGAUUGUGAGCGAUAUCUACGCCGAUAUGACAUCUCCGGAUGGUUUAAGUUCGUGCCCUUGCGCGGAAGAUUUCAUCUCGUUUGCUGUACAGGCUCUUGAGCAUAGAUCUAAUGAGGUUCGUGAACUUGCGGAGACGUUAAUAUUAGCACUCUAUCGAUUUGAAGACAGAAAUCAAGUUCGCCAUUUAAUGCCCCCGAAUGAUUGUAAAGCUCAACAGCAUCCUCUUUAUCGACGAAUAUUUGCAAAAUUCGAUAAAAUUGAUGGUUGCUGUGAGUCGUCUGCCAUACCGCCACCUAGCCGAAAUGGACAAGUUAAAAGAAGGGAGGAGGCUCCUCCUUCAAGGGCCUCAAAUCAAAAUCUUCAAAGAAAUCAGGGCAAAUCAACUGCGAGAAAACCCACUUCCCAACAAAAGAAACCUCAACAGAAACCAGAAAGGAAUGUUCGACCCAUAUCGACAAGCGUAACCGAUUGCCAUCAAUUGGAUCUACUAUUAAGUUUGGAUAAGACGUGUAUCUUUUGUGGGGAGCGAAAUGAUGAUUUUACUGAGGAAUCGUUGGAUAUUCACUAUUGGAGAGCAUGUCCUAUGCUACGUCGAUGCCCUAAUUGUAAACAGGUUGUUGAAAUAUCUGGCCUAACAGAUCAUCUACUAAGUGAGUGUCCAGAGGCAGGAAGACUGGGAGGAUAUCGUCGAUGCGAGAGAUGCAGCGAGGCUAUUCCUAAUGCCUCUUUCAUCACUCACAACUCUUGUCGUCCUGCUCGCAAUCCUAGCCUCCGAUGUCCUCUUUGCCACGUUGACUUACCUGAAGACGAUAGUCCAGAAAUCAACAAUGAGGAAUCUUGGAGACAACACCUUCUGCACGAAUGUAGACAGAAUAGUAGAAUUGUGCGACCUAGCCGAGCCUGUGAGUACCUCCAAGUUCACGGUCUCAAUGCUUAUGAACGAAGACAAGUUGAAGAAUCACAAUAUAUUGAUCUACCUCCUUUAUAUGGGACUAACAUUAAACAACACUUUGAUUCAAUCGCAGCUGACCUAUCUAAACCAUACCUAGACUCUAUCGGACAAUUAAAAUCACUUCCUGAAAUGCCAACAAAGUGGCAAAUGAUUCCCGGUUGGACGGCUUACGUAAAUGGAUCCUUUUUUAAGGUCGAUGUUCCUUUGGAAGAUGUAUUUGUGUUUGAUACAGAAGUUCUCGUUACUGAAAGCUGCGCUCCUGUUAUUGGCGUUGCGGCAUCUUCAAAUGCCUGGUAUCUUUGGGUAUCUCCAAGAUUGAUUUCAACAUCCAAGCCUAUGAAAACUGUUUCUAUGUACGAUCUUGUUCCUUUCUACUCAAGCAAUGGUCAGUAUUCUAACCCCAAAUGUGUAAUUGGCCAUUUCGUUAGUUAUGAUCGUGCUCGAAUUAUGGAAGAAUAUCUAACAGAGCCAAGUGGUAUUCGUUUUGUUGAUACCAUGUCUCUCCAUAUCUGUGUAUCUGGCCUAACCAGCACUCAGAGAAAUCUCAAAUUAGCUUCUGACAAGCAUCUUUACAAUAACAAAUUGUGGAAGGACUUUGUUGCGGAAUACAAUUCUAGGAAAGGUUCGGGUGAUGCUGAGUCAUUAGAUUGGAUCAAGGAUGCAAGCCUCAAUAGUCUGUUGGAUGUUUUCAAGUUAUACUGUCAAAAGGAGCCCUACCAGACUAAAGAUCUUCGUUCAACUUUCGAGAAGGGGACACGCAGAGACGUAAUCGGUGACUUUCAAAAUCUAGUCAGCUACUGCGCCUAUGACGUCCUAAUGACUUUUGAAGUCUUCCAGAAUCUCUGGAAACUGUACAUCGAAAGAUUUCCUCAUCCCGCGACCUUUUAUGGCCUUUUGGAAAUGGGCAGCAUGUACCUCCCUAUCAAUACAUCCUGGAUUGACUUUCAAGAACGCGCGAACAAAACCUACGACGAGUUAAAUAAUGGCCAAAAAACGCUGCUUCAAAAACUAGCUGAGGAUGCUCUAAAUCGGCAUAAUGGGCCCGAUAAGAGCUAUCAGAUGGAUCCCUGGCUUUGGGAUCUUGAUUGGUCAAAACCUAAGAGACCGGCUAAUAAGUCUGAAAGUGCUCUGGUGCUAUCAAAUCUUCCCAAGUGGUAUCGAGACUUGAUUCCAAAACCGAUGAAAGAUCACUACAAAACGGGGCCUUCGUUGAUAACUGCACAGAUGAAAAUCGCUCCAAAGCUACUUCGACUUUGCUGGAAAGGGUUGCCACUUCACUAUGAUAAUACACUAAAAUGGGGAACCCUAAUUCCUGGAAGGGUCCCUAAACCAGUUGGGGAUCCAUAUUAUUACGUUCAGAAAGUGGUUGACGAUUCUCCAAGACGACAAAUUCGUCCAAGUUUCAUGGUGACUAAAACCACUGCUGCUGGAAAUGAAGAACUCGUAUUUCCCUAUAGGGAGCAUCUCCUAUAUUGGGAAAAGGUAAUUGAGAAGCUGCUAUGGGGACUUGAUCCAAAAAGUGCUUUCGAAUCUCGUGUGGAACCGGAUCCACGAGAUGAUCUUUUGUUGGAUGAAUUGCGACGAAGUGUUGAGGUAAUGCCACUUGACUUGGACACCGUGAAACGUCUCAUCGACUCAAUCAAGGAAAUCACCGGCGAUCAAUCCAAGGAGCAAGUUAAAGUCGUGAAGCCUUCGCAACUAAUUUACGAAAAUUUGGGCGAACUUCAAGCUAAGGGGGCAUUGUUUUGGCAGAAUAGAGAUCGUUAUGACUCGGACAAUAGGUCUAAAUGGAUUCCCCCAAGCCGAAAAAAGAAAAUACGUCGUACGGCUACUGAUACGGUUAAUCCAGUGAUUCCAACAUGCUGGUUCUGCCCUCUACCAAACGAGGCUGGGACAGGAUUGCCAGUAGGCUCGCCACUGUCAAAACCCUUCCAAGUUCACAUUGCAGCUGGUCGGCUACACAGCGCCUCGUGGGAUGCCGAGGGGGGACCGGAUAAUACCGCCGAUCAGAUCCUUCGAGAUCGUAUUCGGGCCUCAUUUUGGCAGAGCUACUCAAAGCGUGUCUGUGCUCAAAUGUACGUUUUCUUGGAGAACAAUAUGCUUCCACCCUCAGUUCAAGUUGCAUUAGACGAAGUUUCGUCAAAUGGCAAUCUCCGACGCUAUGGGGCAAUAGUGCCACAAGUGAUUGCAGCGGGAACGAUAUCACGACGUGCUGUGGAACCCCUUUGGCUCACUGCCAGUAAUGCAGAAGCCGAGCGUCUGGGGAGUGAGAUAAAGGCGAUGGUUCAGGCACCACCUGGUUUCUGUCUUGUUGGGGCUGAUGUGGACUCUCAAGAGAUGUGGAUCGCCUCCCUUAUCGGUGACUCUGUCAUUGGUUUCCAAGGUGGAACGCCUUACGGCUGGAUGACACUGGAAGGCAGUAAAUCUAAGGGCACGGACCUCCACACAAAAACUGCCAAUCUCAUCGGCAUCAAACGUAAUGAAGCCAAAGUGUUGAAUUACGCUCGUCUCUAUGGUUCUGGAUUGGAGUUCACCAAACAUCUUCUUUCAAAAUUUCAAUCAAAUCUAAGACCCGAGGAGGCCAGCAUAAAGGCUGAAAAGUUGAUGCGGGCUACUAAAGGCCAACGAGUUCCUAUUCAAUCUCCAGAAAGCAACUCGGAGAUGAAGUAUAUGUGGAAGGACGGCACCGAGUCCUACGUAUUCAAUGCUCUUGAAGCAAUUGCUCGAAGUCCCGAGCCACGAACGCCCGUUCUUAGCGCUCAGAUAACUCGAGCCCUAACUCCUCAGGCUGUUAAAGGCGAUUUCCUUCCAAGUCGAAUCAACUGGGUGGUUCAAAGUUCAGCUGUGGACUACCUUCACUGCAUCUUGGUAUUCAUGGCCUGGUUAAUUCGGAAGUACAAUCUUCGUGCUCGGCUUUGCAUUAGUAUUCAUGAUGAAGUGCGAUAUCUAUGCGAUCAACGCUGUGCUGAUCAAGUCGCCCUUGCUUUACAAAUAAGCAAUCUGCUAACCCGAGCACUCUUCGCCUUCCAAUUGGGUAUGCAUGAUCUGCCAGAGUCGGUGGCUUACUUCAGCUCUGUGGAGAUCGACACUUGCCUGCGAAAGGAUCCACUGAAUGAUUGUAAGACGCCUUCAAAUCCAGAUGGGUUGGAAAUCACUUAUGGCAUUCCUAAAGGUGAAUCUUUAACCGUAUCCGAAAUCAUUGAACGGACAGGCGGUUCUAUGAAGCCAUUUGAUGACGAAGAGGGAGAACCGUCGACUAAAGCUUGCAAAACUUCAACUUGA